UCGCUGUCUGUUCUCGCGAGACUACCGCACAGGAAAAGACGAAGACGAAGGUCAGGAAUUAAACAUGGCAGCCCGCAGUAUGCUGAGGUCUGUGUGGACCUCGUUUGCGGGCUUAAAAGUUGGUGCCACGCGUCCCAUGGUGAAGGUUCAACAGCGGAUAAUUGUCCCGCAGCUGCCGGCUUUAACCGUUCAGAGCCGGGGGAUCCGCCAAGUGGUGGAGAAGAAAGACAGUAAAACAACAACGCUUGAGGGACAAAUACUGGACAUUCCAGCAGCACCACAGCCUCCAAACCCCACAGCCAAGUGUCCCAUCUACAGGUGGAACCUGCAGCACAAAUACAACUACACGGAUGUCUUGUUGCUCAGUCAGUUCAUCCGGUCUGAUGGAGGGAUGUUGCCCAGGAAGAUCACCGGUCUCUGUUUGGAGGAACAUCGCAAGAUUGCCAUCUGUGUGCAGAUGGCCCACAGAGAAGGUCUGCUGCCUGACCACAAACCCAAACUUCCAGAGGGCCAUGUCCCAAAGAGGCCCAAGCCCCAACUAAACCGAUACCUGACCCGCUGGUCCAUUGACUCCGUGAGACCCAUCUAUAAAACUGGACUGAAGUGGAAUAAGAGGCGCAUGCCUGUUGGCGACCCGGCACUGAAAGACAAUGUGCGCUACAGCGUCAAGCCCCUUUACUUAAAACACUGAAGGACAGGAAGUCUGACGAAUCGGUGCAGUAACUGCACCAGAGUGGGUGGGCCCUUUUUAUAUCCAAGACUUCUGUCACACUGCCCUGGGAAUGGGCCUAAAAGCUUCAUCCAUCUGUAUUUAUACUACCUUGUGUUUAUAAAGCUACGUCACAUUGAUAAUGAAUCAUGCUCAGCCCCACCCACAACCAUCCAUUCUCUCUCCAAAAGCCCUUGAAGUGAACUCUGCGGCAACUUAAUGUGAGCAUCAGCUGGGUAAAUGUUAAAGUGUCAAAGUAGGUGGUAUGUUGACUGUGUAUACUCAAGGCAACACAGAUGUGCAAAUAAAAUGCUCUCAACGUG